GAAGACUAUAGAGUGGGAACUCUGGGAGGUGGCGGUCCGGAAUCUAAGCGACGGGGCGAGACGGGGCGAGACGGGGCCGGUAGGUGGCAGGAGGGGGCCGGGCCUGAGCCAGCGGGAGGGCCAGGCCCCGAGGCCCCCGCCCUGGCUUGCCCGCCCUGGACACGGAGGAGAAAACGGAGGAUGAUCUCCAGAUACACUCGGAAGGCCGUGCCACAGAGCGUGGAGCUGAAAGGACUAACAAAGCACGCUCUUAACCACCAUCCCCUUCCAGAGCAGCUGGAUGACAUUUCCUCUACCAACGACAGCCAUGAGAAAGAUACAAGUUCUCAAAGUGAAUCUGACAUCACCCAAGAAUCACCUAUUACAUCAACUGACACUGGGAAUUCGCGUUCUGCUUUUCCAAGCUAUGCAGGCACAGGGAUCUCAACAGAAGGCAGCUCCGACUUCUCCUGGGGAUAUGGUGAACUUGACCAAAAUGCCACUGAGAAAGUCCAAGCCAUGUUCACAGCCAUCGACGAGCUCCUGUAUGAGCAGAAGCUGAGCAUGCACACACAGGGCCUGCAGAGAGAGUGCCAGCAGUGGGCAUCCAGCUUUCCUCACCUCAGGAUUCUGGGUAGGCAGAUAAUCACUCCGAGUGAAGGCUAUGGAUUGUACCCCAGAUCCCCUUCUGCUAUGUCAGCUUCACAUGAAGCAACCUUGUCUCAAGAAAGAGAGUCUACCAUAUUUGGUAUAAGGGGAAAGAAGUUACAUUUUUCAUCUUCUUACAAAGCAUCUCCCACCAUCAAAGCCUCUGACUCAUCUGCUGUUGGAGGAGAGGAGGCAGACUGUAUAAUCAUUUCUGAAGGAAUAAUAGAGGAGUACCUAGCUUUUGACCACACGGAUAUGGAAGAGGGAUUUCAUGGAAACAAAUCAGAAGCAGCUACAGAGAAACAGAAAUUAGGGUACCCUCCCAUUGCACCAUUUUACUGCAUGAAAGAGGAUGUUCUUGCUUAUGUGUUUGACAACGUGUGGAGCAAGGUUGUGGGCUGUAUGGAGCAGUUGACACGUAGUCACUGGGAGGGAUUUGCUUCUGAUGAUGAGAGUAACGUUGAAAUUACCAGACUGGAUUCGGGAAGUCCCUAUGUGCUGAACGAACAGCAUCCUUUGGUCUUACCUCGAGUGCCGCAGUCUAAGGUGCUGUCAAUCACCUCAAAUCCGAUGAGUUUCUGUCAAGCAAGUGGUCAUCAGCCAAACGUGAAUGGCCUCUUGAUUCAUGGGAUGCCUCUGCAGCCAAGGAAUCUCUCCCUGAUGGAUAAGCUCCUAGAUCUUGAUGACAAGCUACUUAUGAGGCCUGGGUCCAGUUCCGUCCUUUCAAACCGAAAUUGGCCAAACCGAGCCAUGGAGCUUAGUACGUCAUCUUUGUCGUAUACAACGCAGUCUGCCAGGAGGCGCAAUCCCCCACCACGUACUCUUCAUCCGAUCAGCACAAGCCACUCACGCGCUGGAACACCAUGGCCUGCAGAAGAAAUCCUCAGAGGACCCCGGGUUGCAGUGACAGCAGACACACUCUCUUCUCCCUCUCCAAUGACCUUGGGUCGGAACAAUCUGCUGCCACCUAUUGGAACAGCUGAAGUAGAACACCUGAGCGCCAUGGGGCCACAACGGCCAACGAAAUCCCACGGUGACUCCAGCAGAGCCCGAAGUGCAGUGGUGGACGAGCCUAACCAGCAGCCCCAAGAAAGGCUCCUUUUGCCUGUCUUCUCUAGACCCAACACAACUCAGUCAUUUUUGCCAGACACACAGUACCGAAGUUCAUGUGCAUCUGAGUAUCCUCAUCAGGCCCGACCUGGCAGGGGGUCUGCAGGUCCUCAGUCACAUGGGUCUACAAAACCUCAGAGCAGAGGUGGGCCCAUCUCUAGAACCAGGCAGUGAUCAUAGGGCAAGUGAGAACCUGCAAGUUGCCGCAGACUUGAGAACACAUGGAGGCUUUCAUGCACCAGCACUCAGGCACUGGAUGAUGCAGAGCUCCUACAAACAGCAGCUUGGUCCAUCAAGAGUUAUCUUGGUACAGGUGUCCAAGAAAUACUACAGAGUAUCUGCCAAAGACUGCACAGGGAACUGUUCUGUGUGCAGUUACUGUCUUCUUUCAGCUUUAGUUAACCUAUUCCAUGGGGCAGUAAAGAUUGUACCCAAAGACUUGACAAGGAAAAACCACCCCAAAUCACUGCUCAUGUUGUCUGUAACCAAUCACCUGUUCGAUUCUUGUACAAUUCUGAGAUUACAUACACACAAAUGAUUCAGAUCACUGGGUUCAGAAUAUUUCUACUUAUAUUAAUUUCUGGAGAACUGCACUCAGUUUUAACAUAUUUUUAGGAGAAAUUGCUGCCAACAAUCUGAUAUAUUCAUCAAAUAAAUGUCAUUCCUAAACUUUAA